AUGGCUUCAGCGGCGCCUUCCUGGGAGAAGGAGCCCUGGAACCGGGUGCGGAUCCCGACCCCGGGGAGUUUGAGCACAGUGGCCGUGGAAGACAAAGAUGGGGUAAUUGGUUCAUACAUUAAAGCUGUGAUUAAGGAGUGCCACAGUGUCAGAAUGUCAUUGAUGAGAAGAAGAUUGGAUACAGAAACGGGUGUCUUACGUGAGAUCCUUUACAGCAAUCACAACAAACUGUGUCAUCACAAGCCGUAUCUGGCUCUCAAACAGGUAGAACAGUGUCUCAAGAAAAUGAAUCGUGUGAAUAUGGAGGGAUCCAUUCAAGAUCUCUUUGAGCUGUGCCCCAAAGAAGAUAAACUUGAAAAUGCAAAAAAAUACAUCAUUCCCAGCCAGCCAGUUUUGGAGUUUGUGUUAAUGAAGAUUUUGGGAACCUGCAAAUUAAUACUACGUUUAUUAGACUGUUGCUGCAAGGCAUUUCUCUUGUCUGUGAAGCAUCUUUGUUUGGAAGAAUUCAUCAUUUUAAACACUGUUAUUAUAGGAUUGGUGAGCAGGGUAUGGGUCCUGUAUAAAUAUGCUUUAAAAAAACUUGUCUCUUUAUAUAAGCCUUUGUUUAGAUUGCUUCAGGAGGUAUCUAGGAUUCAACCAAUGCCUUACUUCAAAAAUUUUACCUUUCCUGCUGAGCUUAAAGAAUUUUUAGGAGAGGCCUAUCUUGAUGUCAUUAAGAAAAAGGUGGAAGCUAAAGGAGUAACAAAAUUGCUAAACAAACUAUUUCUAGCAAAAGAGAAAUCGAACAAGCCUGUUGAAAAGAUAGCCUUAGAAGGUCCCCAAAAACCUAAACAAAUGAAGAUAAAGAUAACAGAAAAUGUGGAUAUUGGGAAGGCAGUGAAGAAGAGGAAAACCUACAGAGAAACAUCAUCAGGAUUUGACCUGAAGGCCUUUUGCAAACGACCAAAGCACAAAGCUACCAUGGACACCAGAUCCAAGCCUGUAUGCUCUGAAAGGAGGGUACAAAAAGCCACUGGCUCAUCCCAGCUCCUGGUAGGAUCCUCUCAUGCCAAAAAACUUGUCCUGAGCAUCCGAGAGGCACAAUCUUUUACACAACUUUCAGAAGAAAUCCAAACGGCCAUUUUCUGGUGUAGACGCAAAAAACUGAAGCAUAAAGCUACCUUUCUGGGUAACAAACUUCUAAAAAGUAACCGACUUAAACAUGUGGAAGCUCAAGGUUGCAGUUUGCCCAAGAAAUUGAACUGCAUAAAAACAUCCAUCUGUAACUUCCUUCUCCAUGGCUCGGGUAACAUGUCUUCAAAGUGCCACCUGAGACGAAUCAGUUCACAGAAUAAAUUCAUAAAGCAGCAGAGGAAACCACAGAGAAAGUUGCAGCACACUGUUCUAAAGGAAAUUCAGCAGUUUAUUCAUCAGACUGAGAAGGCUGUCACAGAGGAAGAUGCUAAAAGGACAUUCUCAGACCUUACAGUUCAUAGACCUGAACUGGCAUCAAAGAAGAGCCAACCGUUGGACGACAGAAAUGCAAAUCUUAGUGAGAAUUGUAACGGUGCAGUGAGGUCACCAACACUGGCUCUGGCAAAGGAAAAGAACACUAUGUCAGAAACUGUUGGAGACACGGAUGACAUUGAUGAUAUUUUUUCUUCAUUGGGAGUUUAGAUGUGAUAUAUGUGAGAGUGCUUUAGUUUAUUAAGAAAGGAAGCAGCUCAUAAUGAUGCCUGUUUAGAUGGGGCUUCAUAUUUGUGCCUCUGUGUGGUGAGAGUUUUGCAUUAUACCCAGAAGCAAUGGAAGUAUCUGCAUCCGUGCAGAAUUACUCCCCAAGUCCUGAAAGUGACUUUGAGAGGUCUCAGGGCUCGUAAGAGCUUGGACUGGUUUGAUUUGUUUACCAAGGAUUCCAGGGAGAUUGGCUUUGAGAAAGUGUGUGUAUGUUGCAACAAACUACAUGCCUAAAAAAAUCUGCCUUGUUCAGGACUCAUACUCCUAGGCUAGUUCCAGUGGAUCCAGUAUGUAUGCUGUGAAACUGGAGGAUAGAGGUAUCCAAAAGGUCACUGUGUGAUUUGCUGGCUUAAUUAUAAUAUAAUGACAUUGCCACUUGUUAUUUUUGUCCAUGGAGCAUCAAGAUUUCUAGUUUUGGGUGAUUGUGUUGUACAGUUUUUAUAUGAUAUGAAUAAAAUUGAUCACCAAGAAAAAA